AAUCAAAAACAUAAUACAAUGUGGUGGGGGCACAGUAACACUCUACACCUCCCCACCCUCUUUCCCUGAAACAGCAAAAUCCACAAAGCAGAGAAAAGAACCUCUCUCCAUCACUCCACUCCUUUCCCAAUCUCACAGUCCACAUCACAAUGUGAAAAUCCCACACCUGGGUUUUACAACGAAGCUAAAAAUAGCAAUACCCAACUCAAAAUUCUAGUGCCCUAAAUUGGAAAAUCGGAGUUUCGUCUCUUGAUCGGAGAUGAAGGAUGACGAUGGCCUCCCGACGACGACGGCGGCGGCCAAGAAGGAUAGCUCCGAUUCGAGCCUCGGGAAAGGCAGGUACAAGUUCUGGGCAUUGGCGGCGAUUUUGCUCCUCGCGUUCUGGUCUAUGUUCACCGGCACCGUCACGCUCCGGUGGUCCGCCGGCAACCUUAACCGCUUCUCCGACGAAUUUGAUUCCCCUAUUCACGACGAUCUCGAUGUUCUCGAAAUGGAGGAGAGGGAGAAGGUGGUGGAGCACAUGUGGGAUGUGUACACUAAUAGCCGUCGGAUCAGAUUGCCCAGAUUCUGGCAAGAGGCCUUUGAGGCUGCUUAUGAGGACUUGACCAGUGACCUUCCUGGUGUUCGUGACUCUGCCAUUUCCGAGAUCGCCAAGAUGUCUGUGCGAUCCGUCGAUCUGGAUCCACCUCCGGUCCAAUCUGCUAGUGCACGAGAAUUUACAAAAGCACUGAAGCAUCCAGAUAAAGCUAGGGAACUCUUGCCCUCAACGAGCAGUGGUCGAUGAUUUGUACCCGGGUUCAAGUCUACCUCCUUCAUCCUGAAAUUACAACUGCUCAUGUGCUGCCCAAAGUUUGCGAGUGGUGGUGAUGUGUAGUCAUACUCAAUUCAUGUUUUCAUAGGGAACAAAAAAUCUUAAACAAUGUAUUGAAUUAGGUUCUCAUUGUUCCAGUUUUGGAUAUCACAAUCUUGCCAUGUUAGUAGUAAAACUGAAACAACCUGUCAAGUAGAUGAGUGAAAGGUGCAGUAAUAUUGAUAUUGAUAUUUAUUCUUAUAAAGUUCAGAGUGAAAAGAAAUUUCUUAAGCCUCCUCACCUUCC